AAUUUGUUUCGAUAGUCCAUUAAGAGACCUAUGCGAUUAUCCAUAAAUUUUUUGUAUUAUUUUAUAAAGAAUUUAUUAGGUUAAGAAUAUUUAGAGUAUUGAUCACAGGGGUUGUUAUUCUUGCUACCCUUAUUUGUUUGACAGGGUUUAAUAGUUUAUCUUGGCAACCAAGUUAGCCUGGCAACGUCAAGUCAAUUCUUUUUUUGUAAGGUUCUUUAGAUAAAACCAAGAACAGGUUUCAAUCUAUUGGCAGGUACGUUAGUUGACUAAUUAGGGAAUUAAUUAAAGACUUAUUGAACAGUAUAGUGCUCGAAUAAGAAAUCAAUUACUGAAUAAGAAAUGUGAUAUUUUAAAAAUAACAAUUCGUAUUCAAAAAAGGGUUAUAAAACAUUAUAUCAUUAACUGUUCAAAGAUAUUUUGACUUUGUAACGUUUAAGAUAAUAAUUAAAAAUGGAGGAUUCGGUUCAUGAUUCUGAAAAUAUCGAAGAGGAACCAGAAGAUGACGAUGGUGUACGUAGUGACAGUCACAGGCCAUCGUUGACACUAGAUUAUCGAAUAAUGUGGAUUCGAGAGAAAGUCCUGAAAUUCCUGGGACUUCAUGGACAGCAUCGACUUUUUGACAACUUGAUAAACGACAAUCAUCGCUACUUUGAGGAUAAGUUACUGAACUUGUUGGUUUUGGAUCUUUACGGCAUAGUCGAUCUUGAAAAGAAGCAGGUCUUCUUUUACAAGACUUAUCACAGUGAAGUUAUUCAGGAAGAAAUUGCAGUUUGGGAAGAGAGCCAACGUACAAAAAUCACAGCAGUCACAGCCUUCGCAUCCAAAGUCAAGUCACAACGGUUGACCAAGAGCGCACCUGGAAAGGUCGAAAAAGUGGUCGAAGAAGAGAAAAAAGAGAAGAAGCCAAAGAAAGGGAAAAAGGGAAAAGGGAAAUUGGAGAAGCGCGACGGUAGCGUCAGUACAGGCAUUACGAAUACAAUGAGUUCAACAAUGGCUCUCUCGACUAGUCAAAUAUCAUCUUCGAGAGAAAUUAGCGAGAGAUUCGACGAUGACGAGGAAGAGGAAGAUGGGGGCGAGGAGUCUUUAACGGAAACGAAGAAAAAGACGAAGAGCACGGUAUCCUUGGGCUCAAUGCCUUUUGUCCCCCCACCGGGCGAAGAGGACAAAUACAUUCUUACCAAGAAAAUGGUCGACCGUGUUAUACAAGUGGCAGAUCUUCAUAUGAUAUGUGGUGCCCUUGACGGAAACAGGACAGACUUGCAGAAUGUCAAUCUAGUGUACUUCUUAAGAUCUAGUGACGAAGGAAUACCACCAUUCGACACGUACCAGGAAUGCCAUGCAGAAAUUACAGACUAUUUGAUGGUAGGAUCCAUAAAUGGAAAAUUUCUGUCUUCCUUCAACAAGAUGCUUACGCAAGUCUUCAAACCUCUCGUGGAAAGACAAUUCAGAGAGCCUGCAGGUGAACUACAAGAUGUGAAAAAUGAAAAUUUAAAACUUGAGUUAUCGAUCGACAGCGAAAUGAGAAAGAGCAGAAGCAGACAAACCAGUUCGACUGCAGCGUUCACAAAGCCUUCCGUUUAUCGUCGCAUGUCGAUGGUUAUUAAGAGAAAGACAAUGGACGUUGAUAAACUAGCGAGGGAAACGUCAGAACAGUCGAAGGAGAAGAUCAAAGAGAAGGAACGGAAGAAAAGUGACAAAUUAAAGAGACAGAUUUCGGCCAUUGGUAGAAAGCUCAGCAUGAAUAAGAAAAUUAAUGAGCACAAGGGUAGCUCUGUAUCGGAACCAAAAUCUAUGUCUAAUAUUAAUAUGAAACGUUUGGAAGCCCAAUCAGAAGUGGAAUUGGAUCCAACUAAAAGUGACAUUUUGGAGUUUCUCUUUAAAUUAACCGCCAGCGUUGAGUGGACCUUGGAGCAUACCGAAGGUGAUAUUUUACUAGUUAUACCUAAAAUUCCUGAACUUUUUGAUCCACAAGUAACAGAUGAGAUGAUCUGUGCUAAUGAAAAGGCAAUACAGGAAUUGGAAGACGUUGUCAUAUCCUGGGGAAAGCAUAUUCAAAAGAUUGUGGAAUCUUAUACAAAUAAGGUAACGCAUGGCAAAGGACCUAUCGAUGAAUACGAUUAUUGGCAUGAUCGAGAAACUGGAUUAUCGAUAUUGGUGGAACAAUUGAAAACCUCCACAGUCAAGAGGAUACUCUCAGUUUUGAAUAAAGCUCAGUCAGUGAUCGCUUCCGAUUUUGCGUUUUUCCAAAAUGAACUUCAAAGGCAUUACAUCGAAGCCAGGGACAAUAAUAAAUUUCUGUAUACCAUGUUGAGGUACUUCAAGCUCAUUACGGAAUCGGAUGCAUUUAAAACAAUUACUGAAAUUAUACCGCCGUUAAUGACAGACAUUAAAAUGAUCUGGGUACUUUCUAAAUAUUAUGGUAACGAAGAGAAAAUGGUACCAUUCUUAGAAAGGAUAUCUUGGCAGCUCUGUCAAAAUGUCACUAAGAAUUUGGCAGUUAACACCCUCUUCACGAACCCUCUGAACAUUGUGAUACACAAAACAGAGGAUGCGCAUAAGAUGAUGAGGAGUUGGAAGAUCGCUUACCUCCAGACCAGACAGAGUAUAGAGACUUCUGGAAAAGGAACAAGAUGGGAAUUCGAUCAGCGAAGACUGUUUAAAGAGACUGAGUAUAUAGCUGGAGUCUGCGAUGACUUAAAUAAGAUUGGCAGUGUCCUUCAAGACUUUUACAACAUCUUCGGAGCUGAGCUGAAGUCUAUCAUAAAUGAUCCUUCGCAAAUAGAUGCUGUGAUCAAGAGAGUAGCUAAACUGGUUGUACCAAUUCAGAAAGCUGACUUCAAUGUCUUCACUCAAUUCAACAAAGAGAACUGGGAAGCCAUGAUGACCUGGUUCUAUGCUGAGGUGACUUUUCUGGAAAAUGAAGCGAAAUUCUUCAUCGAUGAAUGCUUCACUGUAUUAAUCAGUGCAGAAGACGCUCUGGAGAUGCUGAUAAAAUUUAAAAAUCUCAAAACCAGAGCUGCUAUUCAGGAACAGCUGUUGAAGAAGUUUGAUGUCAUUAUGCAACAGUUCAGCAAGGAAAUUGGGAUAGUAGAGAAUAUAUUUAAUAGAGGAAAACGAAAUCCACCAUUGCUACGGUACCAUCCUCCUGUUGCUGGUGCUAUUUUUUGGGAGAGACAAUUAUUUCACAGGCUAAAGGGACCUGUACUUAUAUUUCAAAAUGUUAAUGAGCUUAAACGCAGUGAACUGAAGCUUCUGGCUUUUGAACAGUAUUUGUCGAUAGCCAGGCAAUUGAAAAAUUUUGAAGACACAAAGUUUAAGGUCUGGGUCGAUAAAGCACUAUCCACUGUUGCAUGUACCAUGAAGAAAAGUAUACUCAAGACGGUUGUAUAUGACCGAAAAAAAGUUGAUCAAGUUCAUAAACGAGCACAAGCCAAAGUGUAUCUGGAACUUCGAAAAACCAGAAGUGGAACUAUGUUGCAAUUAAAUGAUGGAUACCAAACAACUCCUCCAGGUUCUAGUCAAAAGACGGAAGUUAUUAUAUCCAAACAAAGUCUUGACACAACUGGUUCUGGUUCAGUUACUCCAAAAAUCAUGAACACGGUAUUACCGUCCAAAAUUCAUGCGAAACCAGGAGCAAAGUUGGAUAAAAUAAUAGGUUCUGGAAAUAAAGAUCAAAGGCCAUCAUCUGUGUCUGUUACUAGUGAAAAUUCGCCAGGAUUAGGACAAAAUUUAACAUGGAAGGAGGAGAUGCAGGAUACAAUUUUGGUAGAACAUCAACUUCGUUUUGCAGUGAAUUUCAAAUGGGAAAUUUUCGAAAUUAUUCGAGAGGCGGAACUUCUGGAACAACUGGGUUUUGAGUUACCAGAUGCAAUACGAGACGUGGGAAUACAAAAAGAUCGUCUUCAACAUGACAUUGAAAUAAUUGAAGAAAUGAUUAACCAAUACAAUAUUAUUAUAGAUGACCUUGAUGGUGCAGAUAUUUUACUGUUGAAGAAUACCUUGUUGAAUAUUGAAAAACAUAUAAAACCUGGAAUUACGCGGUUCAAUUGGUACUCCUUAGGAAUUGUUGAAUAUGCCACAAAUUGUGGAAAGCUAUUAAAGAGUCUCGUUUCAAUGGUCGUUCAAGUUGAACAGUUGAAGAAUGACCUAAACAAUCGUAUUGAAGCUGAUCUAGAGUCUUUCAACUUGUUCACAAGCACGGAGGAUCCAAAUGAUCCACUUUACACAUUUAGUGGAUGCAAGGUAACAUAUUACUAAAAAUAAUUUCAUAAAUCAUUAGAUUAAUAAUUUUUUUGCAACGUUAAGACUUUUUUCCUGGACGUUGAAUCCAAGAGAAAUGAGUUGGUCUGUGCCAUGUUAAAAUCUUAUCAAUCCGCCAGUCCAAUGUUAAUAAAACUGGAGAACCUCGUGGAGGGAACAUCAACCGGAAUGGCUUCAUCAAUGCUGGCGUAUUAUGAAGAAUAUGAACAAAAAAUCUUCACAGCUUUCAUAACGUGCUUUGUGAGAAAUCUGGAAGUUCUGAACAAGAUGCUUUCAGGCAACAAAGCUGUGUUUCAGGUGGAUGCUGUUUUGGUAACCUCUGAAGUUGUACUACGACCAUCUCCUAAUGAAAUCUAUACAAUCAUUUUGCACGACGUUAAAGAUCUUUUAGAACGGAUGAAAGUGUUUCCAAGAUGGAUGACAAAUACGUGCUUAGAAUGCAAGCCAAUAAAACGUGAGCAAACAGAGGAACAUGCAACAUUCAGUUUCUUCGAGGACAUCAUGAGCAUUCAGAUAGUCAAUGAUCUCAUCAUCACUGUCCAAGACACAACGCACAGAUUGGCGAUAGACUGCUGGCGAUAUUUAUACAAAUGGAAAAAGUAUGGCAACCUUUGGUGUUUCGAUAAGACUCAAUAUUGCGAAAAAUUCGCUGCGAAAAAUCCAACGCUCUUACAAUUUGAUGAAAAAUUUGCUUUCUAUGAUGCAAUAAUUGAGCAAGUUCAGGAGAUGAAACCAUAUCAUGACAUCUGUAGUGUCCGAGUGAACCUGACACCAUUGCUUCAGGGGAUUCAGGAGCAUGCCAACGAAUGGAAGCAGAUAUUAGGUAGCUACCUCCUGGUUAAUACGUUACUGUCAAUGGAGGAACUCGAGACGAAGAUCAAGGAAUUUAGGAACGACGUGGAGCUCGUCAUCAGUGGCCUCGAUAGAUUUAAAUUGGUGAUGCAGACUAUAGCCGAUGUCAAAAAAAUGGCUAUCCAGGCGGAAGUACAAUAUUCUCUAUACCAGGAAAUCUUCAGGACACUUCAAAUACAUUCUAUAGAGUUCUACAAAGAGGAUGAACAGAGGGCCUAUAAACUGGAGCACGAUUGGAACUCCCUGUACAUGGGGGCACUUUACAGAGCCACUACUUUAGAGAGUACCAAGUACCGUUUCUGCGAGAUGACCAAAGAACAGAUUACUGACUUCAGUCAUGAGUUUCAUGAGUUUGCCGAAGAUUUUGAGAUGAAUGGUCCAGGUAGUGUUGGUAACGAUCUGGAUGCUGGACUGAAGAAAAUGGAUGAAUAUGGAAAGCUUCUGGAUAAAAUGGAAGCAACCAGACAAGAUCUUGUUAAUGCAGAAAUUCUUUUUGAUCUGCCACCUGCCGACUAUUCGAUUCUCUUGAAAGUGAAAAAGGAUUACGAAGGCAUGGAGAUGCUGUAUAAAUUGUAUAAAAUGCAACGAAGUGCUAGAGAUGUUUGGGCUAAGACACUUUGGGCCAACUUAAAUCCGCAACAGUUGAUCGAUGGGAUGGAACAGUUCAUUAAGGAGUUUAGAAAGCUACCCAAAGCUGUCAGGACGCUGAGCGUCGGUCAAGCCCUUGACUCCAUUAUGAAGAGCUUCAAGAAUUCGGUUCCGCUGUUUGUGGAAUUGAAGAACGAAGCUAUGAGGGAACGUCACUGGAUGGAACUCAUGGACAAGACUGGAAAACACUUUGAUAUGUCCCCGAACAGGUUUACACUGGAGAAUAUGUUUGCUAUGGACCUAGCACAGUAUCAGGACAUCGCAGAGUCUAUUGUAGUCAAUGCUGUGAAGGAAUUGGCAAUCGAGAAAGCAGUGAAAGAAAUAGCAGAAGUAUGGAAAACCAUGGAAUUAACAGUUGUGAAACAUUUCAAAGGAAGCGAAGACCGUGGCUUCAUCUUAGGCCCCGUCGAUGAACUCAAUCAGGUCCUAGAAGAUAACAUGAUGAAUCUACAAAGUAUGUCAGCGUCCCAAUUUAUUGGGCCGUUUCUGAGCACAGUACAAAAAUGGGAAAAGGCUAUGCAAACAAUAUCCGAGGUGAUCGAAGCUUGGAUGGAACUUCAAAGGAAGUGGCUCUACCUGGAGGGCAUCUUCGUGGGAGGCGAUAUUAGAGCCCAGCUACCAGAAGAAGCCAGAAAGUUUGAUGAUAUUGAUAAAAUCUUCAAGAAGACCAUGAUGGACACGUCUAAGCGACUUAAUGUUUUAGAAUGCUGUACAGUUUUGGGUCGAAAGGAGGAAUUCGAAAGUCUCAGUGCAGGCCUGGACAAAUGCCAGAAAUCUCUAACAGAAUACUUAAACAACAAAAGAGCGAUAUUUCCAAGAUUUAAUUUCAUUAGUGAUGAGGAACUCCUUGGAAUUCUGGGAAGUACCGAUCCAGCAGCUAUACAAGAACAUAUUGGGAAAAUGUUCGACAACCUAGAUAAAUUCAGACUUGGUCCUGAUAAUCAGGACAGGAUUGUAGCCUCGGCUUUUAUAUCGUAUGAGCGUGAAAUCAUGGAAUUUCGCAACCCUGUCCUUACCGAAGGUAAAAUUGAAGAAUGGAUGGUACUUGCGUUGGCAGAAAUGCGAAAGUCGAACAGAUAUUUGACAAAAAAGGCAGUUUAUGAUUAUGGAAAAGUCCGGAGACCAAGGACCGAGUGGAUGUUAGACUUUCAGGGGAUGAUGGUCCUGGCAGCUAAUCAAAUUUGGUGGACUGCUGAAGUGGAGAACGUUUUCAAAAAAAUAUCUCAAGGAAAAAAACGAGCUAUGAAAGAGUAUUUACAACAACUGAACAACCAAUUGGAUGAAGUUGUUACCUUGAUGGGUGGCGAUACACUUUCUAAUAACGAUAGAAAAAAAUUAGAUACUGUUUUAACAAUAGAUGUUCACAUUAGAGAUAUUAUUGAUGGAUUUGUCCGAGACAGUAUAAUGGACGCCAUGGAAUUUGAUUGGGAGAGUCAGCUGAGAUUCUAUUGGGUCCAUGACCUAGACAAUGUUUGGAUGAAUCAGUGUACAGGCACUUUCGAGUAUGGAUAUGAGUACAUGGGACUCAAUGGACGUCUAGUUGUAACACCAUUGACAGAUAGAAUUUAUCUUACUAUAACCCAAGCACUGUCUAUGCACUUGGGUGGUGCACCUGCAGGCCCUGCUGGUACUGGGAAAACUGAGACUACGAAGGAUCUAGCAAAAGCUCUAGGACUUCUUUGUGUUGUGACAAAUUGUGGAGAAGGAAUGGAUUACGUAGCCAUUGGUAAAACACUUAGUGGUCUUGCCCAAUGUGGUGCCUGGGGUUGCUUCGAUGAGUUCAACAGAAUUGACAUAUCAGUCCUCUCCGUAAUCUCCACUCAACUUCAGACUAUAAGAUCAGCAUUGCAAUUGAAAGCCAAGAGAUUCAUGUUCGAAGGACAAGAUUUAGUCAUGGACAGUAAGGUUGGCAUAUUCAUCACCAUGAAUCCAGGAUAUGCAGGAAGGACCGAACUUCCGGAAUCUGUGAAGGCACUCUUCAGGCCAGUAGUGUGCAUAGUACCUGACAACGAGAUGAUCUGCCUGAUCAAAUUAUUCAGCGCCGGUUUCCUCACUGCCAAAAUCCUGGCUAAGAAGAUGACUGUCUUGUAUAUCUUAGCGCGAGAGCAGCUUAGCAAGCAGACGCAUUAUGACUUUGGUCUUAGAGCACUGAAGUCUGUUUUAAAUAUGGCUGGUCAGCUGAAGAGAACUUCCAGUGACCUUCCUGAGAACGUAGUGCUGAUGAGAGCCUUGAGGGAUAUGAAUCUACCGAAAUUCAUAUUCGACGACGUACCUCUCUUCCUGGGACUCAUCAAGGAUCUCUUUCCUGGCCUAGAUUGUCCCCGGGUUGGCUAUCCAAACUUUAAUGAUGCUGUGGAGAAGAUGCUCCGGCAGCACGAUUACAUUGUUUUACCUGAUCAGGUUGACAAAGUUAUUCAACUAUAUGAAAUCAUGAUGACAAGACACUCAACAAUGAUUGUGGGACCAACAGGCGGAGGCAAAACGGUUGUUAUUGAAACGCUGUGCAGGGCUCAAACUUAUCUGGACAACCCAACAAAACUUUACAUCAUGAAUCCCAAGGCCUGUACGGUGGUGGAACUUUAUGGUAUACUGGAUCCCUUAACUCGUGAUUGGACUGAUGGUCUCUUGAGUAAUAUUUUUCGUGAGAUCAAUAGGCCUUUGGAAUCUGGCAAACAGGAAAGGAAAUAUAUUUUAUUUGACGGGGAUGUCGAUGCCUUGUGGAUUGAAAAUAUGAAUUCUGUAAUGGAUGACAAUAAAUUGUUAACACUGGCCAAUCAAGAGCGGAUCAAGAUGCAGAAUCAUUGUAGUUUAUUGUUCGAGGUUGGUGAUUUACAAUAUGCUUCACCAGCUACAGUAUCUAGAGCUGGUAUGGUUUAUGUAGAUCCAAAGAAUCUAGGCUAUCAACCAUAUAUGGACAAAUGGAUUCGAAGCAGAUGCAAAUCGGAGCAUGAAUUCUUUAAUGGAAUGUGUGAAAAAUAUGUAAAUACCACGUUAAAACUCAUUAUUGACGGAAUGUUAGGUCUUCAGCAAGUUAAGCCAUUGAAAAUGAUUAUUCCUCAAACUGGUCUCAAUAUGGUUGUUCAACUCUGUCACAUGGUAGACGCCCUCUAUCCUAGUCGACCAGAAGAUGAACCUCCUCAGAGACAACUUGGAGAAUUACCAAAUCAUGAAGAAGAAGCAUUUUGGGCUGAAAAAUUGGCCAACAGGGAUGAAGUUUUGGAGGCCGUUUAUAUACAAGCUUGUUAUUGUUCACUGGGUGCAGCCUUAGUAGUGGAAGCCAGGAAUGAAUUUGAUGAAUUCAUGAAGAAGACCUCAGGAUUGAUGAUGGUGGAGGAUACUCCAGAAAAACCAGCAACAACCAGAUAUAUUCCUAUAACUUAUCGUUCCCUGUAUGACUACGUUCUGGAGGUCGAUAAAAAAAUUUGGACACCCUGGAAGUUUUUGGUACCAUCUUAUAUACAUGACAGAUCCAAGAACUUCAGUGAGAUUCUAGUACCUACGAUUGAUACACUAAGAACAAUGUGGUUCGUUAAACUAAUGAAUGAUAUGAAAAAACCUGUGCUACUUGUCGGUGAGACAGGAACAUCGAAAACAGCAAUAAUACAAGAUUUUCUUAGAAGUCUUGAUCAGAAUAAAUAUAAUCAACUGUUAAUCAAUUUCUCAUCGAGAACUACGUCAAUGGACGUACAGAGAAAUAUUGAAUCAGCCGUUGAAAAAAGAACCAAGGACAUUUUUGGUCCACCUCCUGGAAAAAAGCUUAUUAUCUUUAUAGACGACAUGAAUAUGCCACUAGUCGAUACUUAUGGUACUCAACAACCUAUUGCGCUAUUGAAACUGCUACUAGAGCGUAAUGGAUUCUAUGAUCGUGGGAAGGAUCUUAACUGGAAGCAAAUGAGAGAUAUUUGCUACUUGGCAGCCAUGGGAAAAGCUGGUGGUGGAAGAAACGAAAUGGAUCCUAGAUUUGUCUCCAUAUUUUCUGUCUACAACGUUACGUUUCCAUCUGAAAUAACCCUGAAGUACAUCUACACGAGUAUCCUAAAGGGACAUCUGGAAAUAUUUCCCGAGGAAGUUCAAGAAUUAGUGGAUGAUAUCAUUCAAAUCACCUUAGAUCUUUACAAGUGUGCCACCACGGAAUUACCCCCAACACCAUCGAAAUUUCACUACGUCUUCAACAUGCGUGAUCUGUCGCGCAUAACUGCUGGUCUUCUGCAAAGUCAUCAGAGCUACUUUCCAAUGGUCCAACAAUUUUCACGACUAUGGAGGAAUGAGUUCACUCGAGUGAUCUGUGAUCGCCUUAUCACUGCAGAAGUAACUCGGACGAUGAAUAAAUGAGAGAACUUCUCAAAAGAAAUCUAAAAUCUAUAAAACCAAUGUUUAUUAUUGCAGGACAAGGAGAUUAUGAAGUCUCACCUGGAGGCAAAGAUAGAAAGCUUAUACGAAGACAAUCCUGAAGUCAUUGACUACGUAUUACGUGAUCCUCUACUCUUUGGAGACUACAGAAAUGCCUGUAACGAAGAGGAACCUCGAUACUAUGAAGAUCUUCUCGAUUACGAAGCCGUCUACAGUCUCUUCAUGGAGAUCCUAGAAGAAUACAACGAGAGGAACAUGAAAAUCAAUAUGGUCCUAUUCAACGAUGCUCUGGAGCAUUUGACCAGGGUGCAUCGUGCUCUGAGAAUGCACCGGGGUCACGUGUUGGUAGUUGGUAUUGGUGGUAGCGGAAAACAAAGCGUAAUUCGUUUAGCCGCAUUUGCUGCCAACUGUGAAACAUUUGAGAUUACCUUAACAAGAGGUUACAAUGAGUCUAGCUUCCGGGAGGAUGCAAAGAAGCUGUUCAAUAUGGUUGGAGUCGAGGACAAGAGGAUCGUCUUCUUGUUCACGGCUUCUCACGUUGCAGAUGAAAGUUUUUUGGAAUUAGUCAACAAUAUGUUGAUGACAGGCGUUGUACCAGCGCUCUUCUCUGACGAGGAGAAAGAUGCUGUUAUAAAUACUUGUAGAAACAGAGCCAAGGAAGCUGGUUAUGGUAUCACUAAAGAAAACGUUUGGUCUUAUUUCGUUAAGACAAGCAUUGGGAACAUGCGUAUCGCGCUAUCUAUGAGUCCCGCUGGUGAUAUACUCAGAUCACGAUGCAGAAGUUAUCCAGGGCUGGUUAACAGUACUACUAUAGACUGGAUGUUCCCUUGGCCUGAACAAGCUCUGUUUGCUGUUGCCAAUGUUAUUCUUAGAGAUAAUCAAAAUAUUCCUGAAGUCCAUAGAGAAGCCAUUGUGCAGCACGUAGUGCACGUGCACGUUUCUAUUGGGGAGUAUACGUCAGAUUUUCUAAUUAAACUAAGGAGGAGGAACUACGUCACUCCCAAACACUACUUGGACUUCAUCGACACAUAUCUGAACCUCUUGGUGGAGAAGAAAGAAUAUAUAGAGUCCCAAUGCGAAAGACUCUCAGGAGGUCUUACAAAGAUAGCCGAAGCUUCAGAAACACUUAAAGAUCUGAAUGCCAUCCUGGCUGUUCAGAGAGUUAAAGUAUCGGAACAAACCAAAAACUGUGAGCUAUUGUUAACGUCAAUAGGCGAAAGUACAGAUAUUGCAAUGGAAAAGAAGGAGAUGAGCAUGGAAAAGAGAAAAGAAAUUGAGGAACAGAACAAGAUUAUUGCCAAGGAAGAGGCUGAAGCUAAGGAUGCACUUGCUGAUGCUCAACCGGCCUUAGAAAUGGCUAGAUUAGCUCUGAGUGACUUGGAAAAAUCAGAUAUCACUGAAAUAAGAUCAUUUGCCACGCCACCGGAACCUGUGCAGAUUGUCUGUGAAUGUAUAGCUAUAAUCAGAGGCGCCAAGGAAAUAUCCUGGAAGAGUGCCAAGGGGAUGAUGAGCGAUCCCAGUUUUCUGAGGUUACUUCAGGAGAUGAACUGCGACCUGAUAACAUUGAAGCAGCAGCAGAUGGUCAAAGCCCAUUUGAAGAAAUCAAAUAAACUUGAACAGAUGAAAACCAUCAGUAGGGCAGGAUACGGACUUUAUAAAUUCGUGCUUGCUGUUCUGGAUUACUGUGCCGUCUAUAGAGAAGUGAAGCCGAAGAUAGAUAAAGUUCAGGCUUUGGAGGCUGAAGCAGAACGCGCGAAAAAGGCACUGGAGAAAGAAGAACAUGAGUUACAUCGUAUAGAGAAGCAAUUAGCUGAGUUAAAUGCAAAAUAUGACGUUGCCAUGUCUGAGAGACAAAGAUUACAAGAAGAAACUGACAUCCUUCAGAGAAGAUUGAUUGCAGCUGAUAAACUGAUUGGCGGAUUAUCGUCUGAGAAUACGCGCUGGCAAAAGGACCUUGAAAAUCUUCACGAAGAAAUGGAAAAGAUCAUUGGAAAUUGUCUUCUUUCUGCUGGCUUUCUUUCUUACGAUGGACCAUUCUCUUACGAAUUUCGUAUAGAAAUGAUCUAUAAUGAUUGGCAGAACAGUAUACUUAAAAGGCAGAUUCCACUUAGUCAACCAUAUAAAUUAGAGACACAAUUAAGUAAUGAUGUGGAGAUCAGUGGGUGGAAUUCAGAAGGUCUACCACCAGAUGAAUUGUCAGUACAAAAUGGAAUUCUCACUAUGAGAGCUUCAAGAUUUCCACUGUGCAUUGAUCCUCAGCAACAAGCUUUAAAUUGGAUAAAGAAACGAGAAGCUAAGAAGAAUCUGAAGAUCUUGACAUUUAAUGAUCCCGAUUUCAUCAAGCAAGUUGAGAUGGCCAUUACGUAUGGUUUUCCAGUACUCUUUCAGGAUGUUGAUUACAUAGAUCCUGUUCUGGAUAACGUACUCGCAAAAAAUAUAAAAACUGUGUCAGGUCGCACAUUUGUGGUUUUGGGUGACAAGGAAGUCGAUUACGAUGAAAGAUUUCGAAUGUAUUUAACAACCAAAUUGUCCAAUCCAAUUUUCAAUCCAGCUGUUUAUGCCAAGGCGGCAGUUAUAAACUAUAUGGUCACCUUAACAGGCCUGGAAGAUCAACUGUUGUCCGUAGUAGUGAGAACAGAACGACCGGAUGUUGAAGAACAACGGGAAAAUUUGAUUGCUGAAACGAGUGCCAACAAAAGUCUUCUUCAACAGCUCGAAGACAGUCUUUUACGUGAAAUCGCAACAAAUCAGGGUAAUAUGCUGGAUAACAUUGACUUGAUUGAAACCCUGGAAAACACCAAGUCAAGUGCCAGUGAAGUCAUGAUGAAAUUGCAUCUAGCAGAACUGACAGCAGUUGAUAUCAAUAAGUUGAGAGACGGUUAUAGGCCAGCAGCAAAACGUGGUGCUAUUCUGUUUUUCGUCCUGGCGGACAUGGCCACUGUGAACACAAUGUAUCAAUACUCCUUGAUUAGCUACCUGGAGAUAUUCAUUCACUCCCUGAAGAAGGCCUUGCCUGAUCCCUCCUUAAUGAAACGUCUUAAAAAUAUCAUAACUAUGUUGACCAAGAAUAUUUAUGAUUAUGGUUGCACCGGAAUAUUCGAGAAACACAAACUCCUCUACUCUUUCCAAAUAUGCACCAGGAUCGAGCAAAGCAUAGGCAAUGUGGAUCAGACUCAAUUGGAUUUUUUCAUCAAGGGUAACGUUUCCUUGGAGAAGGCACAGAAAGUCAAUCCUGCGCGAUGGCUUCCAUCUAGUGGAUGGGAAGACAUUCUCAAGCUUUCCAAUGAUUUUUUGACGUUUGCCAAACUUCCUGAUCUACUUCAUAAUGAAAUUGAACUAUGGAAGCAGUGGUAUGACAUGGAUUGUCCAGAAUCUGAAGAAUAUCCCUGCGACUAUUCGCAGAAUCUACAACCUUUCGAGAAGCUGAUGUUGAUGCGCUGCUUCCGCGUUGAUCGUGUUUAUCGCGGUGUUGUUAAUUACAUCAGCGAAACAAUGGGUGAAGAAUUUAUCACUCCACCUAAUGUUAGCUUCGAUGCCAUCUACGAACAGAGUACACCCACCAUGCCCGUUGUAUUCAUCCUGAGUCCUGGUUCAGACCCCACUUCAGAAUUGAUGAAGCUUGCCGAGCGAUAUGGUUGUGGAGGUGGGAAGUUCAGAUACUUGUCGCUGGGUCAAGGUCAAGAAAAGACUGCCAUUGAACUGCUGGAAACUGCCGUUGCCAGGGGCCAGUGGCUUAUGCUACAAAACUGUCAUCUUUUGCUGGGCUUUAUUAAGGAAUUAGAAAAGAGAUUAGAAAACAUAGGAAAACCACAUCCAGAUUUUCGUCUGUGGUUAACCACAGACCCCACGCCUAGCUUCCCCAUAGGAAUACUUCAGCAAUCACUAAAAGUUGUCACUGAACCUCCUAAUGGACUGAAAUUAAAUCUACGUAAUACGUACUUUAAAAUGCGAGAACAAACACUGGAAAGUUGUUCGCAUCCCAUCUUUAAACAUCUGAUCUAUGUUUUGGCUUUUUUCCAUGCUGUGGUUCAGGAACGAAGGAAGUACGACAAAAUUGGAUGGAACAUAAACUACGACUUCAACGAAUCUGAUUUCAAUGUGUGCACUACUAUUUUGGAUACCUACUUAACCAAAGCUAUGUCUAUCAAAGAGACUAGAAUACCUUGGAACAGUCUGAAAUAUUUGAUAGGAGAAGUAAUGUACGGCGGAAGAGUCAUAGACAAUUUUGAUCGUCGUGUUGUCAAGAUUUACAUGGAUGAAUACUUUGGAGAUUUCCUUUUUGAUACUUUUCAACCGUUCCAUUUUUAUCAUGAUGAUCACGUGGACUAUGUGAUACCAAUGGAAGGUGACCGUGACUCUUAUAUCCAGUUCGUCGAGGAACUUCCUCUGGUGAACUCACCAGAAGUCUUUGGUCUUCAUCCCAACGCUGAGAUUGGUUAUUUCACUAAUGCGACUAAAGAGAUGUGGACAAAUCUUAUUGAGUUGCAGCCACAAACGGCGGUAAGCGCUACGGGAAUCAGCAGGGAUGAUUUUAUCGAUAACGUCGCCAAGGACGUCUUGGUAAAAAUUCCACCAGUAUAUGACAUGAUUAAAGUCAAGAGAAAUUUUGGGUUGGCUGUAACGCCGUCAUCAAUAGUUCUCUUUCAAGAAUUGGAACGGUUUAACAAAUUGAUAAAAAGAAUGGCAGUCACUCUCACGCAAUUGAGAAAGGCCAUUGCAGGUGAGAUUGGAAUGGAUGCAGUACUUGACAACGUAUCAGUGGCACUAUACAAUGGUGUUCUACCAAAGGAAUGGUCAAAAUUAGCACCGGACACCAGGAAAAACUUAGCUGGUUGGAUGGAUCAUUUUGAGAAACGAAUAGCGCAAUACACUAACUGGUCAGGAUGUAAUGAACCAGUAGUUAUCUGGUUAUCUGGUUUGCAUAUACCAGAAACAUAUUUAGCUGCACUGGUACAGAUGGCAUGUCGCAAAAAUAAUUGGCCAUUGGACCGCUCAUUAACUUACACUGCAGUAUCUAAGUAUGCGAAAGCAGAUGAAGUGGAGGAAAGACCUGAUCAGGGUUGUUACGUACAAGGAUUAUAUUUAGAAGGUGCUCGAUGGGAUAUGGAAGAUCAUUGUCUAAAACGUUCUUACUCAAAAAUUCUUAUAGAGGAAUUACCAGUGCUGACAGUAAUUCCCAUAGAAGCUCACAGACUGAAACUUCAGAAUACAAUAAAGACUCCAGUAUAUACAACUUCCAAUAGACGAAAUGCUAUGGGGGUUGGUUUAGUAUUUGAAGCAGAUCUUGGUACUAUGGAACACAUUUCAUUGUGGGUACUUCAAGGAGUAUGUCUAGCCUUAAAUACGGAUUAAUUAGACAAUAGAAAAUGGUAUCAGGUGUAUUUAUAAAUAUUUGCAAUAGUGUGCCUCUCAUAUUUAUUUGGAAUGACAAUGAAUCGAGAGAUAAGUUAGUGUAUACGUUUAUGUGAAGUAAAUAUAGAAGCGAG